AUGUCUCACACAAUUUUCAAUGCACCUUUGACUCCAUGCAAUCCAGGCCUCUAUUCGUACUUCUCCAGCCCGGCCAUCCAAAAACAGGCGCUCCUCAUCCUUCGCGCUCUGUUCAGCUUACCCUGCCGGAGCUGGUUUGACAUCUACAACAACUUGAACUACCAGCACAAGUUUGAGCUUGUGGGCCGCUUUCUCAAUGCGCUCAUGGUCGUACAGGAAGGCCGAACCCUUCUUGAGAUUGUUGGGAUCAUCAACCUGACUUUGGACCAAGUGGGUGCCUGGGAAAUCAAGAACAGGCUCUCCCAGCGCAAGUCGCUGGUCCAUGCGCGUCUGCGCACGCGAAGAAUGUUUGCCCGGGCUUGA